CCAAUUCUUUGUUUCUAUGGUAACGUAAACAGCCUCUCUCUCGGUAAGAGGUCUUUCCAAAGAGUUUUCUGGCCACAACAGAAAAGAUGGAGGAAGAAGCGGUAGCUUCAGACAAUAUUGUAACCGAGUUUGCCACUUACGAAGACUUCUUAGACAGCCAAAUAACACCAUUAGACCUUUAUUAUCUUGAGGAUGAAGAGCUGGCAAGGCAACUGGUAGAGCUUGGUUAUAGAGGAAGUGGAGAGGUGCUGAAAAGAGAGGAAUUUGAAGCAAGAAAACAAGCAGCUGAAGCUAGUCGGCUUUCAAAAAGAAGCCAACAAAAAGUGCUGGCAAGUUCUGGCAAAGACCUAGGUGAUCCAUUCCUUCAGGCACUGGCCCAAAGAGAAGAGGCGAAUAGAAACGGAAAAAUGACAACAAUAAUAUUCAUCAGGGAUAAGAAUGCAAGAGGGCAGGAAAUUUCUGGCUAUAUUGAUUAUGCACACAGACUCAAGACAGAAGAUUUCGAACCCUAUUUUCUGGGAAGAAAAAGAUUGCUUCCAAGGCCGUCAGAUUUAAGUUUCUACAACUGGGAGACACAGAAAUGUACCUCGAAUGCGACACCAAACUACCAGGUUAUAGCUGAAAAUUCAUCUGGUUUAUUGUUCAAGAACAAGCGUGAUCGCAAAAUCCUUAAUGUCGACCCCAAGGCCCAGACACCGGGUGAUAAUUCUGCGAGGAUUGUGAUUGAAUCACCGAAGUACAUUCAGAUUGUCUUGUAUGACCACAUCACAAGGCGAAAAACUUAAAAACAACUGGAACCAAGGCUGUUUCUAUAUGUUUUAUGUAAAUAAUCACUAUGUGUCUCAUGUAAAAUCUGUAUGUCAAAUUAGUCAUUAGCUUCAAGGUAGAAUCUAUUAUUGUAGCUUGUUUUUCAUCUUGUUAAUAUAAAUAGCUUUGUUCUAAAGUCAAAA